ACUAUUGGAGCUGUUGAAGUUCCAAGAAGAUGGGGUUGGAUAAUGAUGACAAAGAGACAGGACAAACUAGUGAGGCUGGCAAUAAAGAACAAGAAGAACAUCAUGAGCCUCUUAGCAGGCAUACAAGCGAAUCGUCUGUUUAUGGAACUGAGGAAGAAGAAGAUGAAUAUGGAAGCAAAAUACAGCUAGGUCCUCUUUGCACUCUUAAAGAACAUCUUGAGAAAGAUAAGGAUGAUGAGAGUCUGAGGAAAUGGAAGGAGCAGCUUCUUGGGAGUGUGGAUGUAAACAACAUUGGAGAAAUUCUUGAACCAGAAGUGAGUUUUACAAGUCUUUCAAUAAUAUCUCCUGGUAGAGAUGACAUAGUUCUUCCAAUUCCUGAAGAUGGAAAACCAAAGGGGUUAUGGUUUACACUUAAAGAAGGUAGUCCUUACCGUCUGAAAUUCAGCCUUGUGGUGACAAAUAACAUUGUUUCUGGAUUAAAAUACACCAAUACUGUAUGGAAAACUGCUGUUAAAGUGGAUAGCACUAAAGAGAUGCUUGGAACUUUCAGUCCUCAGCAAGAGCCUUACACACAUGAAAUGCCAGAAGAAGUUACACCUUCUGGGAUGUUUGCUAGGGGACAAUAUACUGCAAGAACAAAGUUUCUUGAUGAUGACAAUAAAUGUUACUUGGAGAUCAAUUAUACUUUUGAUAUUAGGAAGGAUUGGGCUUGAUCAUGCAUGGAGAGCUUCCCAAUCUUCAUCAGUCAUUCUACAAUAUUUAGUUUUCUUUUUUUUAAUUUAUUAUAAAAAUUCAGAUACCUUAUGUAUCAAAUUUCAGUUGUAAUGAAUUUCUUUUAAUAAUUGACUCGAGGAAACUAAAGAGAAAAAAUAUUUGGUAAAUUUAUGAAAAUGUUUUUUUAUUAGAAAAAAAAAUUUAUGUUAAACAAAAUGUAAAUCUCACUCUCGACCUA